AUGGCCGUGGCCCUCAUCUUGGUGUCCCCUGUCCUAGUGCCCCAACCCUCCCUGUCGCUGCACCCCAGCCAGGGAGUGUCCCUGGGGGACACUGUCACCCUGCGCUGCCACCUGCCCCGGCUGGCUGCCUGGGUCUGGCUGUACCAGGAAGGAGGUAGGACACACAACAAGUACAAGGACAAGGAGCAGGAUGCAGUCGAGUUCUCUUUCGGUAACACAAGUUGGAAACAUGCGGGGACUUAUCGGUGCCAGUACCAUGUGUCUGAGCCACUGGGGACUUCAGAGAAGAGCGAUCCUGUGGAGCUGGUGCUGACAGAUCACAGUUUUCGUCCACCCAACAUUUUGCUGAGAUCUGAGGAACCUGUGGUGCUGGGGAGUAACGUCACCAUCUGGUGCUGGAGACAGAGUUAUGGGGGCACCAUCUGCCUGCACAAGGAUGGGCGCUCGGUCCCCACCCGGUGCCAGCACACUAAUUGGGCUGGCAUGGCCACCUUCACACUCUCUGGGGUAACUCAAGCCGACACCGGCACCUAUAGGUGCUCCUACCGACCUGAGGGCCGCCACCUUCUGUCCUCACCUGUUGGGGACAAAGUGGCACUGGAAAUGACACCCACACCUGCACACCCAGGUAGACCAAAUCCCCGCAAUUGCACCUCCCUCAACUCACCCAUGCGCGGCAGUGUCACCGCAUCCUGUCCCCGUGUAGGUGGUGGCCAGGGAUGACAACAUGCAAACUCCUGCACCCCACAGGUGCUGGAGGACUACCUCAUGGGAACCUUGUGGUGGCGGUGGUGAGGGGCUGCGCUGCUGUCCUCGUCUUCUUCCUCGGCCUCUUCUUUGUCCUCGAUGCCCGCAGUCUCUGGAUACAAAGAGACAGGAGCCCUGGAGCUGAACAAAUUCAAUGGCUUUGAAACUCUAAAGAACCCCUUUUGUUCCCUGCAGGUGUACUCUGCCUCCAUGUUGACACCAUAUCCAGCUCCCUACCUCUCCCACCUCUUUUUCAAUCUCCUAUGGUGUGCCCUUCCUCGUCUUCCAUCCCCUAUAGGUGGAUAAAUCCACAAGCCCAAUGUCCCGACUCCACUUCCAUGCACAAUUGAUACCCCUCAUGUUUCCCGCUCCAUUCACUGUCUCCAUGACCUUCGCCCUGCUCCCCUCCUUGUUUUGAUGGUGGUCGUGCCCCCACAGAAAGACAGAGGCCAUGCAGUUCCAGGGCAGUGCCAGGGUCCGGGGAACCCAAAUCCCAGCAUGCGCCUUAUGGAUCCCCCAAACAUCACCAGCAACCUCAAACCCUCUCCAUGGGGACCACAAGGGACUCCCAGCCUCAUAUGGCCUACCAGAGCAUUAUAUACACCCCAAAUCCAGCCCACGAGAAUCCAAAAAUAUACAUCACAGGGGCCACAGAUCUAAACCCCCAGGCACCUGCCCAACCCUACACACCCUCAGUCCCUACCAGCACCCCCAAAACUGAGCAUAUCAGACCCAUGCACACUGCAGCCAGCACAAAGCCCCAGUGGAAUCCCCAAACCACCUGCACAGCCCGCAGAUCCCAUGGACACCCCCAAGCCACAGUGGCACCUCCAAAUGCUGUGCAUAGGGACUCCCAAUAUCUGACUUACGGAACCGUGAGAUCAAAGCCUCCCCAGACCCCAAGUCCUGAACGCCACUCAGAACUCACAGGUGCACUCAAACCAUGAGACACUGCAAAAUCACACUUGGGCCCCAAAGCUAAGCCAGCCCAGACUCCCAGAACCACCAUUCCUGUGACCCUGUCUUAGCCAAUCAGAACUCCAAAUGUCCCAAAUCUAACAUCCCCAGAUUCUCACCAGUGUGCCCCAUAUCCUUUGUAAUGCCAUCUAAUCCUUACAUAUUCUACUCUAACUCCAGAAUCCUUCUUUAUUGUCCUCAACUCCCUAAUGACCCACUGGGACCCUUAAAUCCUUCCCAGGUUUUGGCAUCGGUUGGAGGGUGGUGAGCAGCUGUGUUGAGCACCACUUCCUUUGUCUGCAUGUACAUAUUCUUAGCAUUACUGUUAUUUCUCUCUUCCUUUUCUGCCUGAGUAAAUACAUUUUAUCUCAA